AAAAAGAUAUUUGUAAUUUUAGAUUUAUGUUUACAACUAACUAUGAACAUUUUCUUUGUUGUUCUCUUGCUUAUUCUGUAGCGUUAUCUUCUCAACUUUAUUGUUUGAAUUGGGUGAUUUUCUUUACUCGUUAAUUUAAGGGUGUUCAGUCCUUGUUUCAGUUUGAUAUCUUGUUUUAUGUUGCCUGAUUAUACACUUUUUACAAACUUUUGCACGUCAUUUUUGGGCUUGAGCUUUUCUUGUUAUGCAGAAAACAUUUUAGUUACCUCGGAAAAAUAAGUUAUUUCAUUCGCAAUAUAUGGCAUAUAUUCAGCACCCAAAACUAAAUUCUGUUAGCAACUUAAUAAAGUAAUUUCUAAUAAUAAUCUAGGGUUAAUUUUUAUGUUGCAUUUGUUUUUCUCACCACGAAAAUAAUGAUGAAGAAAUGCAUCAAGUACAGAAGCCAAAGAAAAAGUGUUGGUCUUUUUUUAGUCUUUGCAAAAACGAAAUUAUUGGAUAAUGGUAAUGGGAAGGUGACCAAAACCACUAUCAAUCUCUAAGCUACUUUAUUGAGAUUCUCACAUUCCUCAUUAAAUUUCUAUUAAAUUUUGGGAUUUUAUUGAAUGGCCAAACUCAGGGAAUGUUGGAUUCCCCCUCUGUCCUUCGCCAUAACUGUUCAAAAAAAUUGUAAUUCCCAAAGUGAAAAAAAUUGUAAUACCAUUACAUAAAGUUUACAGAGAUAAUGACAAGAUUAUCUUGUACUUACCCCCAAAUCCACUAUUUCCCAUGAAAUAAUAUGUCUACCUAGUGAAUCGAUGGCCCAUGUAGAUACUUGGAUUUAUUUUGUCUGGGCAUUAUUUAUUAAUUAAUUUAUUAUUUUUUGUCUUGAUUAACCCACUAAAAAUUUGAAAUCUUGACAAAGAUUUUGUUAAACACCUAAAGUUUAGAUGAUGUUAUUGUAAUAUUCAUCCCAUCUUUUUUUGAAGUAAAUUAUUAUUUUCCUUGAGAAGCACCUGACCCGUGACAGCAUGCUAGUUUCCUUUAUACAACACAAAAGACUGAGCAACUUUCUUUCUUGGACUGCCAGAAAAUGAAUCUCCUUCCAAGAAUUCAUAUUAUCACAACCUCAGCCAUUGCUGAACCUCAUAUCCUUCCCCAUUUGCAGUAAACAGGUUUUAUAGCAUUCCCUUUUUGUCUAUUUUCCAAUGGAAACGCCAAGAAAGAGUGAGGUAGCGGUUUGGGCCGUCGUGUUCCUUUGCUUUUGGAGCUCUGCAAACGGUUUGCUUUCCGCAAAAGGUGUAAACUUUGAAGUGCAAGCUUUGAUGGGGAUUAAAGCUGCUUUGAGGGAUCCUCAUGGGGUUCUUGAUAAUUGGGAUGGUGAUGCUGUUGAUCCAUGUAGCUGGACUAUGGUCACUUGUUCCUCUCAGAAUCUUGUGAUUGGCUUAGGGAGUCCUAGUCAGAAUUUAUCUGGCACUCUGUCUCCUAGCAUUGGGAACUUGACUAAUCUUCAGAUAAUAUUGUUGCAGAACAAUAACAUAACGGGACCGAUUCCAUCCGAGCUUGGGAGGCUGUUGAGGCUUCAAACGCUUGAUCUUUCGAAUAAUCUGUUUAGGGGCAGCAUUCCUCCCUCUUUAGGCCUCUUGAAAACUCUUCAGUACAUGAGGCUCAACAACAACAGUCUCUUUGGAGAGAUUCCAAUGUCACUUACCAAUUUGACUCAGCUUUCAUUAGCGGACUUGUCUUACAACAACUUGAGCGGCCCUGUGCCUCGUUUCCCUUCAAAGACGUUCAAUGUCAUUGGGAACCCCUUGAUAUGUAACAGAGGCUUCGAACCUCAGUGUGCAGGCGGCGUAGCAUUGAUGCCGAUGUCCAUGACCUUAAACACUACACAAACAGCUCUUACCUCUGCCAAAUCGAAAUAUCGCAAGCUUUCCCUUGCGAUUGGGACGAGCGUGGCAGCCAUCUGUCUGCUUGCUGCUGGAUUCGGGCUAUUUUUCUGGAGGAGACAGAAGCGUAAGCAGCAAAGGUUCUUCGAUGUUAAUGAUCGUGAGCACGAGGAAGUCUCACUCGGGAACCUGAGGAGGUUCCACUUCAGGCAGCUGCAGCUCGCAACGAACAACUUCAGCAGCAAGAACAUCCUAGGAAAAGGCGGCUUUGGCAAUGUCUACAAGGGCUAUCUCCAAGAUGGCACUGCUGUGGCUGUGAAGCGCCUCAAAGACGGAAGCACAGCAGGCGGGGAGAGACAGUUCCAAACAGAAGUCGAGAUGAUCAGCCUAGCUGUCCAUCGCAACCUCCUCCGAUUGUAUGGCUUUUGCAUGACAGAAACCGAAAAACUCCUGGUCUACCCCUACAUGUCGAAUGGCAGCGUUGCUUCACGCCUCAAAGCCAAGCCGGUCCUAGACUGGAGCACGAGGAAGCGGAUCGCCCUAGGAGCUGCAAGGGGGCUGCUGUACCUCCACGAGCAAUGUGACCCGAAGAUAAUCCACAGAGAUGUCAAGGCAGCAAACAUACUCCUCGACGACUACUGUGAAGCAGUGGUGGGUGAUUUCGGGUUGGCAAAGCUUUUAGACCAUCAGGACUCUCACGUCACGACUGCUGUCCGUGGCACAGUCGGCCACAUAGCCCCCGAGUACCUCUCCACGGGCCAGUCCUCUGAGAAGACCGACGUCUUUGGAUUCGGAAUCCUUCUCCUUGAACUCAUCACUGGACAAAGAGCACUACAGUUUGGCAAAUCAGCUAAUCAGAAGGGAGCUGUUCUUGAUUGGGUCAAGAAUCUUCACCAAGACAAGAAGCUCGAAGAUCUAGUCGACAAAGAUCUCAAGAACAACUACGAUAGAAUCGAGCUAGAGGAGAUAGUGAAAGUGGCAUUGCUGUGCACUCAAUAUCUUCCAGGGCUGAGGCCUAAGAUGUCGGAGGUUGUUCGUAUGCUUGAAGGCGAUGGACUAGCGGAGAGAUGGGAGGCAUCUCAGAGAGUAGAGUCACACAAGUUCAAGACACAGGAGCUGUCGUCGUCAGAGAGAUAUUCGGACCUGACCGAUGAUUCAUCGUUGCUUGCACAGGCUAUAGAGCUCUCUGGUCCAAGAUGAGAAACAACUGCUUGUGGUUUUGAUCAUCAAACUUCUCAAAGGGGAAGUUCACACAGAGAUUAAAAAAAGGCUACUAAAUUUGAAAGCCAAGUUUUCUUUAUGUUUGAAAAUAGCCUAGCAAAAAUGUAAGAUGCAGAAAUGCUUUGAUGUUUCCUCAUUUACUGUAUAGGGUAGCUUUUGUUUUUCUCUUAUGCAUGAGAGUAUUUUGAUGUUUCCUUUCUUUUCUUUUUGUUAUAUUUGUGGAAGUAAUAUAAACCAUUUGUUUUAGUA